CGGUCAUUGUCUCCUGGCUCAGGGCGGAGUCAGGACGGGGAAUUUGCUGCAUUUGUGCCCAAAGCAAGUCAUCCUGAGCAGAAGACCUCAGUGUUUGUCCAGUGGGUGGUCCUAAAGAUGAAGAUUGAUAUCCAUAAUCAUAUUUUACCAAAGAAGUGGCCCGAUUUGAAGCAGAGGUUUGGAUACGAUGGCUUUGUCCAACUUCACCAUCGCUGCAAGGGCGAAGCAGACAUGAUGAAGGAUGGCAAGCUGUUCCGGGUGAUUCAGGAGAACUGCUGGGAUGCAGACGCACGCAUACGGGACAUGGAUCAACACGGCGUCACAGUCCAGGCCCUUUCCACGGUCCCUGUGAUGUUCAGUUACUGGGCCAAACCUCAUGACACACUGGACCUCUGUGUCAUCCUGAACGAUGAUUUGGCCCAGACGGUGCGCAGCCACCCCAGGAGGUUUGUGGGCCUGGGCACUCUGCCCAUGCAAGCCCCCGACCUGGCAGUGGUGGAGAUGAGGCGCUGCGUGAAGCAGCUCGGCUUCCCCGGGGUGCAGAUUGGAUCCCGGGUCAACAACUGGGACCUCAAUGCCGCCGAACUGUUUCCUUUCUAUGCUGCCGCUGAGGAGCUGGGCUGCUCCCUCUUUGUCCACCCGUGGGACAUGCAGACAGAUGGGAGGAUGGCUAAGUAUUGGCUUCCCUGGCUGGUGGGCAUGCCGACAGAGACGACUAUGGCUAUCUGCUCAAUGAUAUUCGGAGGCGUCUUUGAGAGAUUUCCCAAACUCAAAGUCUGCUUUGCACAUGGAGGAGGCUCUUUUCCAUUCACCGUCGGCCGAAUUGAACACGGCCACAGAGUCCGCCCUGACCUGUGUGCAGUGGACAACAAGAUCAGUCCGAGGAAAUACCUCGGCUCCUUCUACACGGACUCCCUAGUUCACGAUCCCAUCUCCCUGAAGCUGCUCAUUGAUGUCAUUGGAAAAGAUAAAGUAAUGCUGGGAACAGACUAUCCAUUCCCGCUGGGAGAGCUGCAGCCUGGAUCCCUGAUCGAGUCCAUGGAUGAAUUUGAUGACGCGCUGAAGGAUAAAUUGCUUGCUGGAAAUGCUGUGGAAUUUUUGGGCCUGAAGCGAGAGCAAUUUGAGUGACGUGGAAAUGGGAGCUACAAUGACACACCCAGUGAUUCAGUGGCAAUGCCUAUAGAAAUAUUCAUAUUUUUAUGAUUAAAGAGUUUACCCUCCAAAAAAAUCUAUAGAUUUUUUUAAUGAGUUGCUUGAUUUUGGAGAUAUCAGCUGUACAGAAACUGUACUGAUGAGUCUGAAAAACAAAAAGGUCUUUUUAAUUUUAUGCUCAUCAUCCACACUUAUUUCCAGCAAGUAAAACAUGUGUUUGUUGGUUUGAUUUAAGAAGAAUGGCUGAAGGUACUCAAAGUAUAACAAAGAAGGCUCAGUUUACUGUUUUCAGAGACACAUUUGCUGUUAAUUCCAGUAUUGCAAAGAACACACAUGCUUCAGAUGCCUUUCACAGGCCACAGGUUCGCUCCUGAGUGAUUCCUCUUGAAAAAUAAUACACUUGAAAUGCUCAAAGAAACUCCCCAAAAAUGAGAUUAACUACACAUGAAACUAAGCCCUUCUCUUGCUAUCGUUAACUAUAAGUUCAUUUAUGAAUGUCAUCGGCCUCCUGUCAAGUUAAGUUAGAAGCGACACCACAAAACUAUGCAUUCAGUUACUGACUUUGUGUAAAAAUAAGCUUGUAGCUGAACCCUGCGACAUUUGCAUUUCCUUUUUCCCACUAAUAAUAAACGUUUAGUUGUGUGCACUUUACUGAUUUAUUAUGGAGGUUUGGGCCAUAUGCAAAUUGAAUUGACGCCAACCAAACGCGAAGCUGUGUAAAAUGUAAAUAAAUGAUUCAACAUUGACGAAAGAAAAAAC